AUGCACACCGUCUUUCGAGUCAAUACAAUUGAAAAAAUGGACAAUAAGAAUCAACUUUAUCAAGUUAACUUACAAUUAACGUCGGAUGAUGAUCACCAAUUACGAUUACUUACUGAUAGGAUCCGAAAAGAAGCUCGUGGUAGUACUGGAUGGCACAGAUUGGGUAAACUAUUGCUUACAAUUGGUCAAUUUAAUAAAGCCGAAGAACUUUAUAACGUAUUACUCGAACAGACAUCUGAUGAGAGCGAAAAAGCGGUUUAUUAUAAUCGGCUGGGAGUUGUUCAUGGGAAUCAAGGUGAUUAUGAAAAGGCUAUUUGGUAUAACGAACAAGGACUGAAAAUCUCUGAAAAAAAUCUUCCUUCAAAUCAUCUUGAUUUGGCUGCUUCAUACAGUAACAUCGGCAGUGUGUAUAACAAGCUGGGAGAGUACUCGAAAGCAAUUUCAUCGCACGAAAAAGCACUCGAAAUUUUGCAAAAAACUCUGCCUACAAAUCCUCUUCAUUUGGCCACUUCACACAGUAACAUUGGCGGUGUGUAUGACAACAUGGGAGAGUACUCGAAAGCACUUUUAUCGCACGAAAAAGCAUUUGAAAUUAGACAAAAAACUCUGCCUUCAAACCAUCCUGAUUUGGCUACUUCAUACAACAACAUCGGUUUGGUGUAUGACAACAUGGGAGAGUACUCGAAAGCACUUUCAUCUCACGAAAGAGCACUUGGAAUCUUUCAAAAAAGUCUUUCUUCAAAUCAUCCUCAUUUGGCUGCUUCAUAUUGGAGCAUAGGUAGUGUGUAUAACAAUAUGAAAGACUAUUCGAAAGCACUGUCGUAUUCUGAACGUGCUCUGGACAUAUUCCAACGUGCAUUACCUCCAACUCAUCCUCACAUUAAAUUUGUGGAAGACAGUAUCGAAGUUGUAAAAAAGAAAUUUUGA